UCCCUCUCCCCGAGCCGUGGAAAGGAUCCCACUUCCGGUGGGGUGUCAUGGCGGCGUCUCGGACUGUGAUGGCUGAGGGGAGACGGCGCUAGUGGGGAGAGCUACCCACAGGCGCCCUCCCCUCCCCGGGUUCCCCUCCCCACCCUUUCCCCCAGCCUCCUCGCCAACGCCCCCUUCCCCUGUCCCCCUCCCGGCGGACCGCGCGGGUCCCCGUCCCCACCCCCGUGGGAACGCUAGCUGCCCGCACUCCUCAGCUGCUCGGCUUGCCGCUGCCUUCACCUCAGCGCCCGCCCUCCGGCGGAUCCCGGACGCCGGCCCACCCGGCCAUCCGCCGCCCCCGGGUCGCGGGGAGGACAUGGCCGCACACAGGCCGGUGGAAUGGGUCCAGGCCGUGGUCAGCCGCUUCGACGAGCAGCUUCCAAUAAAAACAGGACAGCAAAAUACACAUACCAAAGUCAGCACCGAGCAUAACAAGGAAUGUCUGAUCAACAUUUCCAAAUACAAGUUUUCUUUGGUCAUAAGUGGCCUCACUACCAUCUUGAAGAAUGUUAAUAAUAUGCGGAUAUUUGGAGAAGCUGCUGAAAAAAAUUUGUAUCUUUCUCAGUUGAUUAUAUUGGAUACACUGGAAAAAUGUCUUGCCGGGCAACCAAAGGACACAAUGAGAUUAGAUGAAACAAUGCUGGUCAAACAGUUACUGCCAGAAAUCUGCCAUUUUCUUCACACCUGUCGUGAAGGAAACCAACAUGCGGCUGAACUUCGGAAUUCUGCUUCUGGGGUUUUAUUUUCUCUCAGCUGCAACAACUUCAAUGCAGUCUUUAGUCGCAUUUCUACCAGGUUACAGGAGUUGACUGUUUGUUCAGAAGACAAUGUUGAUGUCCAUGAUAUAGAAUUGUUACAGUAUAUUAAUGUGGAUUGUGCAAAAUUAAAACGACUCCUGAAGGAAACAGCAUUUAAAUUUAAAGCCCUGAAGAAGGUCGCACAGUUAGCAGUUAUUAAUAGCCUAGAAAAGGCUUUUUGGAACUGGGUAGAAAACUAUCCGGAUGAAUUUACAAAGCUGUACCAAAUUCCACAGACCGAUAUGGCUGAGUGUGCAGAAAAGCUGUUUGACUUGGUGGACGGUUUUGCUGAAAGCACCAAACGUAAAGCCGCAGUUUGGCCACUGCAAAUCAUUCUCCUCAUUUUGUGUCCAGAAAUAAUCCAGGAUAUAUCCAAGGAUGUAGUUGAUGACAACAACAUAAAUAAGAAGCUGUUUCUGGAUAGUUUACGAAAAGCACUUGCUGGCCAUGGAGGAAGCAGGCAACUGACAGAGAGUGCUGCCAUUGCUUGUGUCAAGUUGUGUAAAGCAAGUACUUAUAUCAACUGGGAAGAUAACUCUGUCAUUUUCCUACUAGUUCAGUCCAUGGUGGUUGAUCUGAAGAACCUGCUUUUUAAUCCAAGUAAACCAUUCUCUAGAGGCAGUCAGCCUGCAGAUGUGGACCUCAUGAUUGACUGUCUUGUCUCUUGCUUUCGGAUAAGCCCUCACAACAACCAGCACUUUAAGAUCUGCCUGGCGCAGAAUUCACCUUCUACAUUUCACUAUGUGCUGGUAAACUCACUCCACCGCAUCAUCACCAAUAGCACUUUCAAGCAUGGACUUGGCACUGCUUCUGCGUUGGAUUGGUGGCCUAAGAUUGAUGCUGUAUAUUGUCACUCAGUUGAACUUCGAAAUAUGUUUGGUGAAACACUUCAUAAAGCAGUGCAGGGCUGUGGAGCGCACCCAGCAAUACGAAUGGCACCAAUGCCAACCAGUCACUGUUUUGCAUGGCAGUGGGCUUCUGUGGCUAGUCUUACAUUUAAAGAAAAGGUAACAAGUCUUAAAUUUAAAGAAAAGCCUACAGACCUGGAAACAAGGAGCUAUAAGUAUCUUCUCUUGUCCAUGGUGAAACUAAUUCACGCAGACCCAAAGCUUUUACUUUGUAAUCCAAGAAAACAGGGCCCUGAAACUCAAGGCAGUACGGCAGAAUUAAUCACAGGGCUUGUCCAACUGGUCCCUCAGUCACAUAUGCCAGAGAUUGCUCAGGAAGCGAUGGAGGCCUUGCUGGUUCUUCAUCAGUUAGAUAGCAUUGAUUUAUGGAACCCUGAUGCUCCUGUAGAGACAUUUUGGGAAAUUAGUUCACAAAUGCUUUUUUACAUCUGCAAGAAAUUAACUAGCCAUCAAAUGCUUAGUAGCACAGAAAUUCUCAAGUGGUUACGGGAAAUUCUGAUCUGCAGGAAUAAAUUUCUUCUUAAAAAUAAGCAGGCGGAUAGAAGUUCCUGUCACUUUCUCUUCCUUUGUGGAGUAGGAUGUGAUGUUCCUGCUAGUGGAAAUACCACUCAGAUGUCAAUGGAUCAUGAUGAGUUAUUAAGGACCUGCACUCCUGGAGCAUCUUUGCGGAAAGGAAAAGGAAAUUCCUCCAUGGAUAGCACAGCAGGGUGCAGUGGAACCCCACCAAUAUGCCGACAAGCCCAGACCAAGCUAGAAGUGGCUUUGUACAUGUUUCUGUGGAGUCCUGACACUGAAGCUGUUCUGGUUGCUAUGUCUUGUUUCCGCCACCUGUGUGAAGAAGCAGAUAUCAGGUGUGGGGUAGAUGAAGUGUCAGUACACAACUUCUUGCCCAACUAUAACACAUUCAUGGAAUUUGCCUCUGUCAGCAGUAUGAUGUCAACAGGAAGAGCAGCCCUUCAGAAGAGAGUGAUGGCCCUGCUGAGGCGCAUUGAGCACCCCACUGCAGGAAACACUGAGGCUUGGGAAGAUACACAUGCAAAAUGGGAACAGGCUACAAAACUAAUCCUUAACUAUCCGAAAGCCAAAAUGGAAGAUGGCCAGGCUGCAGAAAGCCUUCAUAAGACCAUUGUUAAGAGACGGAUGUCCCAUGUCAGUGGAGGUGGAUCCAUAGACUUGUCUGACACAGACUCGCUGCAGGAAUGGAUCAACAUGACUGGCUUCCUUUGUGCCCUUGGUGGGGUGUGCCUGCAACAGAGAAGCAGCUCUGGCUUAGCGACCUACAGCCCACCUAUGGGCCCUGUCAGUGAGCGCAAAGGGUCUAUGAUUUCCGUAAUGUCUUCUGAAGGGAAUGUUGACACACCUGUCAGCAGAUUUAUGGACCGGCUUCUGUCUUUAAUGGUGUGUAACCACGAGAAAGUGGGGCUUCAGAUACGAACCAAUGUUAAGGACCUGGUGGGCCUGGAGUUGAGUCCUGCUCUGUAUCCAAUGUUGUUUAACAAACUGAAGAAUACCAUCAGCAAGUUUUUUGACUCUCAAGGACAGGUAUUAUUGACUGAUAGCAAUACUCAGUUUGUAGAGCAAACUAUAGCCAUAAUGAAGAACCUGCUGGAUAAUCAUACUGAAGGCAGCUCUGAGCAUCUGGGACAAGCUAGCAUUGAAACAAUGAUGUUAAAUCUGGUUAGAUACGUUCGUGUACUUGGGAAUGUGGUCCAUGCAAUUCAAAUAAAAACAAAACUGUGCCAGUUAGUUGAAGUAAUGAUGGCAAGAAGAGAUGAUCUCUCAUUUUGUCAGGAGAUGAAAUUUAGGAAUAAAAUGGUAGAAUACCUAACAGACUGGGUUAUGGGAACAUCAAACCAAGCAGCAGAUGAUGAUGUAAAGUGUCUUACAAGAGAUUUGGACCAAGCAAGCAUGGAAGCAGUAGUUUCACUCCUCGCUGGUCUUCCACUACAGCCUGAAGAAGGAGAUGGGGUGGAACUAAUGGAGGCCAAAUCACAGUUAUUUCUUAAGUACUUCACACUAUUUAUGAACCUUUUGAAUGACUGUAGUGAAGUUGAAGAUGAAAAUGCACAAACAGGUGGCAGAAAACGUGGCAUGUCUCGGAGGCUGGCAUCCUUGAGGCACUGUACAGUGCUUGCAAUGUCAAACUUACUCAAUGCUAAUGUGGACAGUGGACUCAUGCACUCCAUAGGCUUAGGUUAUCACAAGGAUCUCCAGACAAGAGCUACGUUUAUGGAAGUUCUGACAAAAAUCCUUCAACAAGGAACAGAAUUUGACACACUUGCUGAAACGGUGUUGGCUGAUCGGUUUGAGAGACUCGUGGAACUGGUCACAAUGAUGGGAGACCAAGGAGAGCUCCCUAUAGCUAUGGCUCUGGCCAAUGUGGUCCCUUGUUCUCAGUGGGAUGAGCUGGCUCGUGUUCUGGUUACUCUGUUUGAUUCUCGGCACUUACUCUACCAGCUGCUUUGGAACAUGUUUUCUAAGGAAGUAGAAUUGGCAGACUCCAUGCAGACUCUUUUCCGAGGCAACAGCUUGGCCAGUAAGAUAAUGACAUUCUGCUUUAAGGUUUAUGGUGCUACUUACCUACAAAAGCUCUUGGAUCCUUUAUUACGUAUUGUGAUCACAUCCUCAGAUUGGCAACAUGUUAGCUUUGAAGUGGAUCCUACCAGGUUAGAAUCUACUGAGAGCCUUGAGGAAAACCAGAGGAACCUCCUUCAAAUGACAGAGAAGUUCUUCCAUGCCAUCAUCAGUUCCUCCUCAGAAUUCCCCUCCCAGCUUCGAAGUGUCUGCCAUUGCUUGUACCAGGCAACUUGCCACUCCCUACUGAAUAAAGCUACAGUAAAAGAAAAAAAGGAAAACAAAAAAUCAGUGGUUAGCCAACGUUUCCCUCAGAACAGCAUCGGUGCGGUAGGAAGUGCCAUGUUCCUCAGAUUUAUCAAUCCUGCCAUUGUCUCGCCAUAUGAAGCAGGGAUUUUAGAUAAAAAGCCACCACCUAGAAUCGAAAGGGGCUUGAAGUUAAUGUCAAAGAUACUUCAGAGCAUAGCCAAUCAUGUCCUGUUCACAAAAGAAGAACAUAUGAGGCCUUUUAAUGAUUUUGUGAAAAGCAACUUUGACUUGGCACGAAGAUUUUUCCUUGAUAUAGCAUCAGAUUGUCCCACAAGUGAUGCUGUAAAUCAUAGUCUUUCCUUCAUUAGUGAUGGCAAUGUACUUGCUUUACAUCGGCUGCUUUGGAACAAUCAGGAGAAAAUUGGCCAGUAUCUUUCCAGCAACAGGGAUCAUAAAGCUGUUGGAAGACGACCUUUUGAUAAGAUGGCCACACUUCUUGCAUACCUGGGUCCUCCAGAGCAUAAGCCUGUGGCAGAUACACACUGGUCCAGCCUUAACCUUACCAGUUCCAAGUUUGAGGAGUUUAUGACCAGGCAUCAGGUACAUGAGAAAGAAGAGUUCAAGGCUUUGAAAACUUUAAGUAUCUUCUACCAAGCUGGCACUUCUAAAGCUGGGAAUCCUAUAUUUUAUUAUGUUGCACGAAGGUUCAAAACUGGCCAAAUCAAUGGUGAUUUGCUGAUAUACCAUGUCUUGCUGACUUUAAAGCCAUAUUAUGCAAAGCCAUAUGAAAUUGUAGUGGACCUUACCCAUACUGGACCUAGCAAUCGCUUUAAAACAGAUUUUCUCUCUAAGUGGUUUGUUGUUUUUCCUGGCUUUGCUUACGACAAUGUCUCUGCAGUUUAUAUUUAUAACUGUAACUCCUGGGUCAGAGAGUACACCAAGUACCAUGAACGGCUACUGACUGGCCUCAAGGGCAGCAAACGGCUUAUUUUCAUAGACUGUCCUGGGAAGCUGGCUGAGCACAUAGAGCAUGAACAACAGAAACUCCCUGCUGCCACAUUGGCUCUGGAGGAGGACCUUAAGGUGUUCCACAAUGCUCUGAAGCUAGCUCACAAAGAUACCAAAGUCUCUAUUAAGGUUGGUUCUACUGCUGUUCAAGUAACCUCAGCAGAGAGAACAAAAGUUUUGGGGCAAUCUGUGUUUUUAAAUGACAUCUACUAUGCUUCUGAAAUCGAAGAGAUCUGCCUUGUGGAUGAGAACCAGUUCACCUUAACCAUUGCAAACCAAGGCACACCACUUACCUUCAUGCACCAGGAGUGUGAAGCCAUUGUCCAGUCUAUUAUUCACAUCAGGACCCGCUGGGAGCUAUCACAGCCUGACUCUAUCCCCCAACAUACCAAGAUUCGACCAAAAGAUGUUCCUGGGACACUUCUUAAUAUUGCAUUACUUAAUUUAGGCAGUUCAGACCCUAGCCUACGGUCUGCUGCCUAUAAUCUUCUGUGUGCCUUAACCUGUACCUUUAAUUUAAAAAUUGAAGGCCAGUUACUAGAGACAUCAGGGUUAUGCAUCCCUGCCAACAAUACCCUCUUUAUUGUCUCAAUCAGUAAGACACUGGCCGCCAAUGAGCCACAUCUCACCUUAGAGUUUUUGGAAGAGUGUAUUUCUGGAUUUAGCAAAUCUAGUAUUGAAUUGAAGCACCUUUGUUUGGAAUAUAUGACCCCGUGGCUAUCAAAUCUAGUUCGUUUUUGUAAGCACAAUGAUGAUGCCAAACGACAAAGGGUUACUGCCAUCCUUGAUAAGCUAAUAACAAUGACCAUAAACGAGAAGCAGAUGUACCCUUCUAUUCAAGCAAAAAUAUGGGGAAGCCUUGGGCAGAUCACAGACCUGCUGGACGUUGUGCUUGACAGUUUCAUCAAGACCAGUGCUACAGGAGGCCUGGGGUCUAUCAAAGCUGAGGUGAUGGCAGAUACGGCUGUGGCUUUGGCUUCUGGAAAUGUGAAAUUGGUAUCAAGUAAGGUUAUUGGAAGGAUGUGUAAAAUAAUUGACAAGACUUGCUUAUCUCCAACUCCAACUUUAGAACAACAUCUUAUGUGGGAUGAUAUUGCUAUUUUAGCCCGCUACAUGCUGAUGCUGUCCUUCAACAAUUCCCUGGAUGUGGCAGCUCACCUUCCCUAUCUCUUCCAUGUUGUUACUUUCUUAGUAGCCACAGGUCCCUUGUCCCUUCGAGCUUCCACACAUGGACUGGUCAUUAAUAUCAUUCACUCUCUGUGUACUUGUUCACAGCUUCAUUUUAGUGAAGAGACCAAGCAAGUUUUGAGGCUCAGUCUAACAGAAUUCUCAUUACCCAAAUUUUACUUACUGUUUGGCAUUAGCAAAGUGAAGUCAGCUGCUGUGAUUGCCUUCCGUUCCAGCUACCGGGACCGGUCUUUCUCCCCAGGCUCCUACGAGAGGGAGACUUUUGCUUUGACAUCCCUGGAGACUGUCACAGAGGCUUUGUUGGAGAUCAUGGAGGCAUGUAUGAGAGAUAUUCCAACGUGCAAGUGGCUGGAUCAGUGGACAGAGCUAGCACAAAGGUUUGCAUUCCAGUACAACCCAUCCCUGCAGCCAAGAGCUCUUGUGGUGUUUGGCUGCAUAAGCAAGCGUGUAUCUCAUGGACAGAUAAAGCAGAUCAUCCGAAUUCUUAGCAAGGCACUUGAAAGUUGCUUAAAAGGCCCUGAUACUUACAACAGUCAAGUUCUGAUAGAAGCUACAGUGAUAGCUCUAACAAAAUUACAGCCACUUCUUAAUAAGGACUCACCACUGCACAAAGCCCUCUUUUGGGUUGCCGUGGCUGUGCUGCAGCUGGAUGAAGUCAACUUGUAUUCAGCAGGCACUGCACUUCUGGAACAAAACCUGCACACCUUAGAUAGUCUCCGGAUAUUCAAUGACAAGAGUCCAGAAGAAGUAUUUAUGGCAAUCCGGAAUCCUCUGGAGUGGCACUGCAAGCAAAUGGAUCACUUUGUUGGACUCAAUUUCAACUCUAACUUUAACUUUGCACUAGUUGGACACCUCUUAAAAGGGUACAGGCAUCCUUCACCUGCCAUUGUUGCAAGAACAGUCAGAAUUUUGCAUACACUACUAACUCUUGUUAACAAACAUAGAAAUUGUGACAAAUUUGAGGUGAAUACACAGAGUGUGGCUUACUUAGCAGCUCUACUCACAGUGUCUGAAGAGGUUCGAAGUCGCUGUAGCCUCAAGCAUAGAAAGUCCCUUCUUCUAACUGAUAUUUCGAUGGAAAAUGUUCCUAUGGAUACAUACCCCAUUCUUCAUGGUGAUCCUAGCUAUAGGACAUUAAAGGAGAACCAGCCAUGGUCCUCUCCCAAGGGUUCAGAAGGAUACCUUGCAGCUACCUACCCAUCUGUAGGCCAGACCAGUCCCCGAGCCAGGAAAUCCAUGAGCUUGGACAUGGGACAGCCUUCUCAAGCCAACACAAAGAAAUUACUUGGAACAAGAAAAAGUUUUGAUCACUUGAUAUCAGACACAAAGGCUCCCAAAAGACAAGAAAUGGAAUCAGGGAUCACAACACCCCCCAAAAUGAGAAGAGUGGCAGAAACUGAUUAUGAAAUGGAAACCCAAAGGAUUUCCUCACAGCAGCACCCACAUUUACGGAAAGUCUCUGUGUCUGAAUCAAAUGUUCUUUUGGAUGAAGAAGUACUUACUGAUCCAAAGAUACAAGCACUGCUUCUUACUGUUCUGGCUACACUGGUAAAAUAUACUACAGAUGAAUUUGAUCAACGAAUUCUUUAUGAAUACCUAGCAGAGGCCAGUGUUGUGUUUCCCAAAGUGUUUCCUGUUGUGCACAAUUUGUUGGACUCUAAGAUCAAUACCCUCUUGUCAUUGUGCCAAGAUCCAAAUUUGUUAAAUCCAAUCCAUGGAAUUGUGCAGAGUGUGGUGUACCAUGAGGAAUCCCCUCCACAGUACCAAACAUCUUACCUGCAAAGUUUUGGUUUCAAUGGCUUGUGGCGUUUUGCAGGACCCUUUUCAAAGCAAACACAAAUCCCAGACUAUGCUGAGCUUAUUGUUAAGUUUCUUGAUGCCUUGAUUGACACGUACUUGCCUGGAAUUGAUGAAGAAGCCAGUGAGGAGUCCCUCCUGACACCCACAUCUCCUUACCCUCCUGCACUGCAGAGCCAGCUUAGUAUCACUGCCAACCUUAACCUCUCUAAUUCCAUGACCUCACUUGCAACUUCCCAGCAUUCCCCAGGAAUCGACAAGGAGAACGUUGAACUCUCCCCCACCACUGGCCACUGUAACAGUGGACGAACUCGCCAUGGAUCCGCAAGCCAGGUGCAGAAGCAAAGAAGCGCUGGCAGUUUCAAACGUAAUAGCAUUAAGAAGAUCGUGUGAAGCGUUCUUUCUUUCACUUUUCAAACCAGCCUAACAUGGGCUUCUCACUAGUGACCCCUCCCUAAGCUGGCCCCGCCCCACACUGCACUGCUGCACUUCGUGUCUUACGAACCCAUCUGGUCUGCCGUGUUGCCAGACGAUCAACUCUCGAAGCAUUGCCUAAAUUUAAUGCUGCUUUUCUUUAAUGUUUUUCCUUCUACUUUGGCAUGUGUCUGGUGUGAGCACUUGUUCUGACGACUGCAAAGAAAGCAGGAGGUCAGGAAACCUGAACUGGGAGCGUGGAUUGUGGGAGCGGAUAAGUCCUCAGUGCCGCUGCUGCCGCCAGCUGUGGGCCAAGCACGGAGGUUGGCCUUCUUUGUUCCCUUGUCUUACAGAGUGACGUGGUUGUCUUAUUUACACUUUCCAAGUUUGGGGGAGAAAUAAUAUUUUAACCCCAAUGUAUUUAAUCUUCUAGCUGUGGACUUUUUUUUUUUUAACCUUACGAAGUUGAAGGAACCAUAGAGGUCAAGCCUCAAUGAAUUUACACCAUAAAGCCACAAGCCAGGUACUCGGGGGAGGGGAUAAACUAGUAUUUUGUAAUGGAUUCUUAAGAAAUCCUAACAUUUGAGUAUUAGCAAUAAUUACAGGAAAAUAAGCAUGACCACAUACAUCUUAACAUUUCUGGAUUAAAGCUAUUGGUUCUGAGGCCUUAUUCUUACUUGGUCAUCCAAACUAGGUAAUUUCUUUUCCUGUUGAUUAUCUUUUAAUCUUUACAUAUGAAGGUGUUCUGUUCUUUUUUUUUUCUUUUUUUCUUUUUUUUUUUUUUUUUUUUUUUUGUAAGCCAAGGCUAUACUAAGUAUAGUAAUUACAAUUGUUUUUGCACUUGCUUUUUCCUCCUCUUUCCUACGUGAUUCUGAGCAGGGUAAUUAGCAGACAGAGUAUUGAAACUUGCUUCCAGAAGCUAAUUUUCAUAGCUGUUUCCAUUAGCUUCAAAGCAAAAUGGAAUGGUACGUGACUUAGGGUAGCUGAUAUUUUUAUUUUGUUAAAUAAUUUUCCAAGAAUCAGAAUAUGCUGUAUAUUAUCAUAAAUUUCUUUGAUAAGAUGUAUUUUUUAAAUCUUUUAAUCUUCCUCCUCUCCUCCAAAUAAAAUCAGGAAUCUCUAGCAAAACAUUUGGAUUCUAUCUGAUAGGAUUACAUUUAAUCACUGUGAAGUAUGGUCAGCCUGCGUGGUGUGCCGAUAAGGGACCUCUAGGAUUGCUGCUGUGCAGACAGCAUGGAUCGGUGUGUCAUAGGCCCUUCCAGGUGGUGCACAGCCAGCUGCUUCAUGGUACCUGCAGUAUGCAAAACAGUUGACUUGAGCGAGCGCAGUAGUAUGUGGAUGCUCUCAUUUAAGAUUGAACUAUAUUUAUUUUUAAAAGGUAUUAUCCCUCUACUCCCAUAUUCUCUUCAUAUAUUAAGUUACAAUGACUUUGGGAGGAACAAAAAGAAACCCGGGGGGGGGGGGUCCCUGUACCCUGUAGUGCUAGCUCACUAGUGGAUUUCAGUAAAUUAAACUCCACAGCUAAGUCAAUAAAUAAUGGUACAUUUAAGUGUUCUGACUCUAUUAAUAUAACACAUUUCACACUUAUCCAUACAGUAACAAUGUAAUAUGUAAUUGUAAAUAAAAUGCUUUUGAUAUUCAGAAAUAACAAGAAUUUAAUUUUUUAAUUUGUUUACAGUCCUGGGAAAAGUAAGAACCAUUUGCCAAAAUAAAAGGAAAAACCCUUAGUAUUAGUAGUGAUUUUAACAGACUCGUUGGGAAAUACUAGCAACAGAUGCAGCCAACUGAGCUUUUGUUUUCAACUGUUGCAAAGGCCCAAGCAGAUUAACUGUCAGGCUGUAACCCUGAGUUGACAAGUAGCAAGAGGCCCCAAGGCAAGGCUGCUGGACACAUCACCACAGCUCUGGUUCCUGCCGCCAACCAACCGUAGGCAGCGUGAGCUUUUUGCUGUGCAACUCUGGUUGCUCAUUUUUCCUCUACGAGCCUGGCGCAUCUGACUGCAGUCAUUACUGCCCCUUCGCCUCUCCCAUCCAACAGGAAAACUUGACAAUGGAGCGUUCUUCCUGUAAGGAGUUUCCCACAGCAACAUGGUUCUUAGAUGUCCCCUUGGAAAGAUCAAAUGGAGUCACCUCCAGAUUCACAAACGCUUUUGACCAGUGCACACAGGAAUCCUGGGGAGUUUCAGCUUUAUUUCAUGUACAGAAUUUACAGAACAUGCAACUUUUUUUUUUUUUUGGUGUUUUAGAGACAGGGUUUCUCUGUGUAGCCCUGGCUGUCCAGAACUCUGUAGACCAGGCUGGCCUUGAACUCACAGAGAUCCGCCUGCCUCUGCCUCCUAUGUGCUGGAAUCAAAGGUGUGCACCACCACCACCUGCAGAACUUCCAGCUUUUGAGAAAAGUAACUUUCCACAUAACUGCAGCUAAGGAACUUAAGCGUCACCAGCUGUCCCCUCCCCGACUUCUUCCAGUUACAAGAGAGCGGCUGAGGUUCUAAGUAAUGGCCCAUUUUACAUCACUUGGUGUGUGUUCAGUGAUUUGUGAUUCCGUGACGUGAAAGAAGAAAACAGCUCUGCCAUAACUGUGUUGUGGUAAGUCUGUUGGCGAGUGCUCCUGUCCUGGGCUUCCCUGCCCUUCCCUGUGGGACAUAGCACUCUGCUGGCCAGUUACACUUGCCUAUGCACUGUUGAGCUGGGGAGCAAGGGUAUCACAGUACAGUCAGCCCCACCACGGAAUGAGCAGCCUACGGGGGGGGGGGGGGGGGGGACGGGAGCCAGCCCCACCCCAGAAUGCCAGAAUGAACAGCCUACGGGGGGACGGGAGCCAGCAACUCUGUCCUCCAGUUUUAGGGUUGCAAGUUUCCUGUGGGAGAUUGGAGUUUUGUUUUGGGGGGCUUGGGAGACCUUCCUGUCUUUCUUUCUUCCUUUCUUCCUUUUCCUACAUUUACCCCCAAACAUAUUGAGGCAUGUCUUAUUCAAUAUUAUGCAAUGGACUUAUAAAAAAUUCACUUAGUAUCAGCCACAUGAUUUUUUUAAUGCAGUAUAUUCACCUGUAAAUAAUUUGUGUAAAAUUUGACAGAAAAGUCUAUUUACUACAUUGUAAAUACAUGUGAUGAUAUAUUGUAUUAUUUUGCUUUUUUGUAAAGCGGUUAGUUGCUGUACAUGGAUAACAAACAAAAAUUUGAUUAUUCUCAUGUUUGUAUUGCUAACUUCUUCCUGCGACUGCGUUACAUCGUUUAAAGAAAAUGCUGUGUGUUGUGAACCGUACAUGGUGACUUCCUUCCCAUCGGGCAGUUCCCUGCCUCCAGCCUUGUUGACACACAGACUCCAUCACUGUUUCAGAUCAUUGUCCUCACUCCCUCCCAUCCUGUGUGUCCUCCCUCCCACCUACCCCCUUUAAGUAAAAUGUAAAUUCAGUCUGCUCUAAA